AUGCUGUCGUCCCUGAAGACCCUGCUGCUGCUCUCGGUCCUGUGCGCACCGACCUCCAGCCUGUGCCUGCGCCUCCAGAGCCGCUCCGACCUCCUCUGCAACCACCUGGCUCUCAGGGUUCCGAGCGACGUGAACGAACCGGGCUACUCCCAGGAAGACAGCUGGGGGUCCCUCCUGCAGUCCGCGGAGUAUCUCAGCCCCGCUUUCCCCUCCUCCUCUGCUGAAUCCAGCCGGGAAAAAAGGACUUCAAGUCCCGCAAACUACCGCUUCAUGAGCCGGACGAAGCUCAGGGGCCAGAUGCUCCGCAACAGCAUCCAGGGGGACCGGAGGAGCAGACUCACCCUGUCCCUGGACGUCCCCACCAACAUCAUGAACGUCCUGUUUGACGUGGCCAAAGCCAAGAACCUGCGCGCCAAGGCGGCGGAGAACGCGCGUCUCCUGGCGCAGAUCGGGCGGAGAAAAUGA